AUGAAGAGGCGUCGCCUAGAGGACAGCCGGGUGGAACCAUGGCUACAACAGCUAUGCAAUCGGAUUGGAAAGAUGUACGAUGCAGAUUUGGAGGUUACGGAUCUGUCCAAGGCAACCUGCACAAUGGCCCUACUUGCCGUUGGCAGCAUUAUUGUGUUUGCGACGACGAAUCCAGCCAAGAAAAGCCAAGAAACCGUUGCGGUUCUCACAAUCUAUCCAGCUCUGGGAGCACAACUGUCCCAAGAGACUCGUCGCAAGGGGUCCUCCAGUAGCGCCAAGAAUCAACGCAGCCAGGAUAAUUCCGUCCAAAUGCGCAAUCAACUAUUUCUCCCUCGUGAUCAAAUUGUGGAUUGUGUGGUCUAUGAAGUAAUCUGGUCACACAAAGUAAUGAAUGUGGUGGCUCUCCGCAUCCACGCCACGACGACACAGGAAAAAUCAGAAACCCAACAGCAGCAAACUCUCAAGUUGAUUCCUGUCUUUCCUGGAACAGAAAUGACUUACGAAGAGUGUCUCUAUAUGAGGCAGGAAAUCAUCGUCUCCCUGGACUUGCCAGAUUGA